AUUUAUACAGUUAUUUUAAUAGAAUUAUUUAAAUUCCUUAAUUAUUUAAAUGUGUUAUUUUAAUCAGUAUCUCGGUACAUAAUUUUAUCCAGAUCAUUUAAUACUUGUCAUAUUAACAAAUUUUGUAAUAUUUUAUUUUAUUCAAAUGUGCAUAUGAAAACGCUUCGUAUCAUUUUAUGACAAAUAAUGGCGUAACAAAACGUUUUAGUAUUCAUAUAUAUUUUAGUAGUAAUAAUCUAUUAUUUGAUAUUUAGUAAUAGUAAACUUUAAAUGAUGAUAAUUUUUCCUGAUAUAGUAUAACGUUUGAAAUGUAUAUAAAUGAAUUCUUUGAAAUUCGUAUAAAAUGAAACUCGUAUAACUCAGAAUAUGUGUGAUUGAAAUUUAUAUAAUUGAGUUGUUAUGUGAAGCGAUUAGAACCUUAUAAAGUAAAGAUCCAGACUCGAACUUCAGGAAAUUUAACAAAUGUAUUAUAUAAUAAAUAUAAAUUAAUAAUAUAUACAAUUAAAUUACAAUAUUUUAUUUCUGAUUUUUAAACCUAUCUAUAGUUUAUAAAUAAAUAUCGUUAAUAUUCCAUAAUAAAAUUCAAAGGCAAUGACAGAGCACAGAGGUACAUCUUUUUACAAUUCUUGUAUAAAAGUUCCAGUAGAUCCUUACAGCGGGCAACCAAUUCCUUCUUAUGAACGCAUUGGAUCUAAAAAAGACAAAGAAGAUAAUCUUUAUAAUAAACAUAAAAUAAAUCUUACGAAAGAUGAUCAAUUUAUUAGUGAAUCUGGAAUAUCAAGUCCUACAGAAAUUAUGGAUAACUUUUUAGAAUUUUUGGGCAGUAUACCAAACUAUGAUCAAGUUUAUCAUUUAUCAAAUGAGCAGUUUAAGCAAAAAGUUGAUUACUUAAGAAGGAAACAAAAAUUAUUAUUGAAAAAUUUACAAAAUUCACUGAUCAAUCAUGAAAAUGCAAAUGUGCCUAAAUUUUCUGUACCUAAAUAUAAUAAAAAAUUAAAGAUUAAAAGUAAGAAUGAUAUUAAUGAUUUAACAUUAAAUGGCAAAAAGUGUUACUUAGAAGAAUCUCGAACUCCUAGUCCUUUACUUUUUCUUUCUAGUAAAUUUAAUGAACUCUCAGAAGACCAGGAUCUUUUGACAAAUAGUAGAAGAUAUGAAGGAAAUGGAACAGUAUGUAAAAAAAAGAUAUAUUUGAAUAAUAAAAAUUGGAGCACAUGGGAUAAAUUAAGUAGCAAUGAUAAUAUUGAAAGUGAUACAGACAGUAUAGAAACAAGAAGUUUGCCUGCCAAUAUUGCAAAGGAAUGGCACCCUACUGUACCUAAGCCAUUUAGUUUUACUGUACGAGAAGAAGCAGGAAAGUAUAUGGCAUAUACUGGAAUGGAGGAACAAAAAUGCAAAAAUUUAAAAAGUAAUAAGAAAAGUCUGCGUAGAAAACGACGUGUGAGACCAAUUCCGCUAACGUCAAAGAUUCCACUUUAUGACAAAUUAUUAGCUGAAAAGGAAGAACGGAGUCGUAUAAUCCGUGAAGAAAGUGCGUUAAAUUUAAUGUCUCAGGUACGUCCUUUUAGGCUCGAAUGUGAUCGUCGAGCUUGGCGAUUUUUAGCAAGAUCUAGCCCAGAAAUUCGUAGCAAAAGCGUUAACAUGAAUACGAAGUUUAAGGCUAAACCAGUACCAAAGAAUCUUUUCAGCACAGAAAUAUAUGACCGUAUGCUUGAAGACGAAUAUUACAGGCAGUUACAAAAACAGUUAAGAGCAGCGCGAUUAAUGAAGUCAUCGUCUUUACCGCCGUCAAUGGCUAGACGAGAACGCGUUAAAUCUGCGUGCACACGUUUACAGAACACAGUUAAAAAUUGCAAUGAAGACGUUAAGGAUUCGCAACUGCCAGAUAAUAAUUUAACGCCACUAGAAACACAUAAACCAACGAUACCUAUUUUGCCAAUGCGAGGAAAUAAUUUAGCAGCAAUUUUAAGAUGUCAAGUAUCACGAGAAAAAUUGGAACGUGAAAUAAGGGAAAAAAUGGAAGAAAGACGUCGAGAACAAACAGCAAAAAUUAGACAAUCUUUGAUUGGACGUAAUCCAGUAUGGCGAGCUUUGAGAUCUGCUGCGAGGCACGAGCACGAAAGAGAUCUUAGUAUUCGAACAUUACUCCGUCGCAAUGAAGCGCGUGAACAAGAGGAACGUCAUCGAUUGCAGAUGGAAAUGAUGCUGGAUCGCGUAACACAAAUACCAACACUUUUUGAACGUCAUUCUCAGAGUUAUCAGUCGUUGACACAAGGACAACAGAAUGUUAGUUGUUCAAAAAUGUUGCAACAAAAGAAAAAGAAAAAGCAAUAUAGACAAGCACUGAAUACUGUAAAUUCGUACAUAAAUUACGAAAACAUUUCUAGAUCGGAUUCCGGAUCCUCAACUAGUUCGUCGCAUACUUUCUUAUCAGCGAGCCAGUCCUUAAAUUCAUCUAAUACGUCUAUAUCGCAAUCAUCUGAAAAGUCAAUAACUAAAUCUCAAGUUUCACUUUCGAAAAGAAAAGGAGAUCGUAGUCAAUUGAAAGUCUCUAUAAAUGAAACCGCAGAGCUGAUCGAAGAUAAAAAUAAAAGCGAUAAAUUAUGUGAUAAUGAAUGUUUAAUCACUAACGAUGAUCGCAAUGAAAAUGCGACACGGAGCAACAAAUAUAAUACAGAGAGAAGGUUAUCAGGUGUUCAUUAAGCAAUUUGACAACUAUUAAUUGGAAUUAAUCAUAAUCAGAUAGUGACUGAAAACCUUAAAGUGAUUACAUACAUGUAUGAUAUAAGAGGAACAUGUACGGGAAACAUAUGUUUUUUUCUUUAUCUUUAUAUUUCUUCAUGUAUUUUACACUAUAUUUAAACAAAAAAUAAAAUCCAUAAAAAUUUA